GUUGGUUCAGACUUCAGCCCUUCAUAUUUCCUUAUUUUGUACGAUGAACCCCAUUGAUUCUAUAAUUCCAUCAUAUAAACACACACAAAAUACUCAUUCGCACAAGGUCUCUCUCUCUCUCUCUCUCAAACACACUUGCUCUGAAAGAAACCCAGCGAAGGAAUCCCUCUCGCCAUCUCGCCCACUCUGGUUGCCGGAUUCCGUAGUAAAUAACGUCGGACGAAUUCUUCUCCUCCCUCCCUUCGAUUGAAGUUACAAUGGCAUUGAGAAUAUGGGCGUCUUCAACAGCAAAUGCACUGGGAGUCUCUCGUGCUUCCAAAUCUCAUCUCUCUCCUCCCUUUUCUCUCUCCAGAUGCUUUUCUACUGUUCUGGAGGGGCUGAAGUACGCAUCUUCACAUGAAUGGGUGAAGGUUGAUGGCUCUGUCGCGACAAUUGGUAUCACUGAUCACGCUCAGGACCAUCUUGGAGAAGUGGUGUUUGUGGAGGUGCCGGAGCUUGGCGGCCCCGUGGAACAAGGCAGCAGCUUUGGAGCUGUGGAAAGUGUAAAGGCCACCAGUGAUGUUAACUCCCCAAUAUCGGGCGAGAUUGUUGAGGUCAACUCAAAGCUUACUGAAUCACCUGGUUUGAUCAAUUCAAGCCCGUAUGAAGAAGGAUGGAUGAUCAAGGUGAAACCAAGCAAUGCGUCAGAAUUAGAAUCAUUGAUGUGUUCGAAAGAAUACACGAAAUUCUGCGAAGAAGAAGAUGCCGCACAUUAGGAUUUGGUUGUGCUCCUGCAUUUCAUUUUCAUUCACUUUCCCACUUAUAACUAUAUUGAGUUGAUGAAAUUAAAGCACCCUAUGCUAUGUUUCUGCAACUGGUUGUUCUAGCAAGAAGUUUUUUUCCUUGUGAAAUGGUUUUCACAAGAACU